AUGCCACCGAAAGGCAAAGGCGGCGAUAAGGGGGGAGCAGCAAAAGGGAAGGGCAAAGGCAAACCAGCAGACGAGAAAGAGGAGAAGGGAGGGAAGGUCAAGGGCGCCCAGUUCGUGAAUGUUAGGCAUAUACUGUGCGAGAAACAUGCGAAGAAGGAAGAGGCUCUAGAGAAGUUGAAGGGAGGAGCUAAGUUUGAUGAAGUUGCGAAGGAGUUCUCGGAAGAUAAGCCAAGAGCUGGCGGUGCUUUGGGAUGGAAAAAGAGAGGUGAUUUGGACCCUACUUUCGAGGAAAAGGCGUUUGAGCUGGAGGCUAGUACGACUGCAAAUCCGAAAUACGCGGAAGUGAAGACAGGAUUUGGAUAUCAUAUUCUAAUGGUGGAAGGAAGGAAAUGA